CCCCGGGCUCCAGGGCGCACGCGCAGGCGCUAGCCGGCGCGGCGGGCGCGCGGCCGCAGCCGUCCCCUCCCCCACUCCCACUUCGSUGGAGGGGAAUCGGUCACCGCGGCUGCUCAGGCCGCCGCGGUCGGUCGUAGCCAUGGACUCUUCGUGGGAGGAUCUGACGCUGGCCUUCUCCCGCACGUCCAUGUUCCCCUUUUUUGACAUCGCCCACUAUCUGGUGUCCGUGAUGGCGCUGAAGCACCGGCCGGGAGCAGUGGAAGGGGCAUGGAAGAAUCCUUUUUCAAGCUGGUUUACUGCAAUGCUCCACUGCUUUGGUGGAGGAAUUUUAUCAUGUAUACUUCUUGCAGAGCCUCCACUGAGGUUUUUGGCAAAUCACACUAAUGUUUUACUGGCAUCUUCAAUCUGGUAUAUUAUAUUUUUUUGCCCUUGGGACCUUAUUUCCCAGGGCUAUUCAUUCUUACCUGUUCAACUUCUGGCUGCGGGAAUGAAGGAAGUGACCAGAACUUGGAAAAUAAUAGGUGGAAUCACACAUGCUAAUAGCUAUUACAAAAAUGGCUGGUUAGUCAUGAUAGCUAUUGGAUGGGCCCAAGGUGCAGGUGGUAUMAUUAUCACAAAUUUUGAACAGUUACUAAAAGGAGAUUGGAAACCAGAAGGUAAUGAAUGGCUGAAGAUGUCCUACCCUUCCAAGGUAACCCUGCUGGGGUCCCUUAUCUUCACAUUUCAGCACACCAAGCAUCUGACCAUAUCAAAGCAUAAUCUUAUGUUCCUUUAUACCAUCUUUCUUGUGACCACAAAGGUAAGAGUUCUAG